AAGCCCACCCUCGGGGGUUCCGGAAGUUUCCAUUGCUGCAGCUGAGUGCAGCCUCUCCCCACAACCUUCUGCGCUCCACUAUGUGGCCUGGCUUCUCAGCUGUCCCCAUGUCACCUCUUCUUGCCCUUAGGGGUCUUUUCCUAUAAGGAAGAGCCUGUGUUUCUGUUAUCUGCUCCCACAGGUGUCCUUUCGUCUCCACAGAGAUGUCCCACGUCAUCUUUUCUACCAGUGUCAGCUGAGGGGGUCCUCAUCCAGGUUUUCUCCCGUCUCUUCUCUUAUUACCCCCCUCCCCAUGCUUUGUCGUGGUUACAGAUGCUCAAAUAUUAGGCCUCUGUUCUUUCUGGAUUAGAGCUGUCAGUGUGUCCUUCCGUCCGUGAAAGCCGGUCAGUCUGUGACUUGUCACCGCAGGAGACUGUCGCCUCCGUGAGCGGUGUCUGGUGUCUCCGCAGGCUGCGGUCCGUCUAUCUGUCACACAACAGCCUGUCCUGGCAGUCAUGAGGCCUCCCUGGUAUCCCCUGCAUACACCUUCCCGGGCUUCUCCGCUCCUCUUCCUCCUCCUCUCCCUCCUGGGAGGAGGGGCAAGGGCUGAGGGCCGGGAAGACCCGCAGCUGCUGGUGAGGGUUCGAGGGGGCCAGCUGAGGGGCAUCCGCCUGAAGGCCCCUGGGGGCCCAGUCUCGGCUUUUUUGGGCAUCCCCUUUGCAGAGCCACCUGUGGGCUCGCGUAGAUUUACGCCACCAGAGCCCAAGCGGCCCUGGUCAGGAGUGUUGGAUGCUACCGCCUUCCAAAAUGUCUGCUACCAAUACGUGGACACCCUGUACCCUGGGUUUGAGGGUACUGAGAUGUGGAACCCCAACCGAGAGCUGAGUGAAGACUGCCUGUAUCUUAAUGUGUGGACACCAUACCCCAGGCCUACUUCUCCCACACCUGUCCUCAUCUGGAUCUAUGGGGGUGGUUUCUACAGUGGAGCAUCUUCCUUGGACGUGUAUGAUGGCAGGUUCCUGGCCCAGGUUGAGGGAACCGUGUUGGUAUCUAUGAACUACCGAGUGGGAACCUUUGGCUUCUUGGCCCUACCAGGAAGCAGAGAGGCCCCUGGCAAUGUAGGUCUGCUGGAUCAACGUCUUGCCUUGCAAUGGGUGCAAGAAAAUAUUGCAGCCUUUGGGGGAGACCCGAUGUCAGUGACUCUGUUUGGGGAGAGUGCAGGUGCAGCCUCCGUGGGCAUGCACAUUCUGUCCCUGCCUAGCAGGAGCCUCUUCCACAGGGCUGUUCUCCAGAGUGGCACACCCAACGGGCCCUGGGCCACUGUGAGUGCCGGAGAGGCCAGGCGCAGGGCCAUGCUGCUGGCCCGCCUUGUGGGCUGUCCCCCAGGUGGCGCUGGUGGCAAUGACACCGAGCUGAUAGUCUGCUUGAGGACAAGACCCGCUCAGGACCUGGUGGACCACGAGUGGCACGUACUUCCUCAGGAAAGUAUCUUCCGAUUUUCCUUCGUGCCUGUGGUGGACGGGGACUUCCUCAGUGACACGCCAGAGGCUCUCAUCAACACUGGAGAUUUUCAAGACCUGCAGGUGCUGGUGGGUGUGGUGAAAGACGAGGGCUCCUACUUUCUGGUUUACGGGGUCCCAGGCUUCAGCAAAGACAAUGAAUCUCUCAUCAGCCGGGCCCAGUUCCUGGCUGGGGUGCGGAUCGGUGUACCCCAAGCAAGUGACCUGGCGGCCGAGGCUGUGAUCCUGCAUUACACAGACUGGCUGCACCCUGAGGACCCUGCCCACCUGAGAGACGCCAUGAGUGCUGUGGUAGGCGAUCACAACGUUGUGUGCCCUGUGGCCCAGCUGGCUGGGCGACUGGCUGCCCAAGGGGCCCGGGUCUAUGCCUACGUCUUUGAACACCGUGCUUCCACAUUGACUUGGCCCCUCUGGAUGGGGGUACCCCAUGGCUAUGAAAUCGAGUUCAUCUUUGGGCUCCCCCUGGAUCCCUCACUGAACUAUACCAUGGAGGAGAGAAUCUUUGCUCAGCGACUUAUGAAAUACUGGACCAAUUUUGCCCGCACAGGGGACCCCAACGACCCUCGAGACUCCAAGUCUCCGCAGUGGCCACCGUACACCACUGCCGCGCAGCAAUAUGUGAGCCUGAACCUGAAGCCCUUGGAGGUGCGGCGGGGACUGCGCGCCCAGACCUGCGCCUUCUGGAAUCGCUUUCUCCCUAAAUUGCUCAGCGACACCGACACGCUGGACGAGGCGGAGCGCCAGUGGAAGGCCGAGUUCCACCGCUGGAGCUCCUACAUGGUGCACUGGAAGAACCAGUUCGACCACUAUAGCAAGCAGGAGCGCUGCUCAGACCUGUGACCCCUUGGGGACCCCAGGUCCUGCCGCCCUGCCCGAGCCCCUAGCUGUAUAUAUACUAUUUAUUUAAGGGCUGGGAUAUAAUACAACCGAGCCCCCAGGCCCUGUCCACCCUGCCCCGACUUCCUACCACUAGGGGCUCCCCAUCUUCUGCAUGUCUUGGGCUGAGCUUCCCUCCCCGCGGUGCCUUCGCCCCUCUGGGCCGCCAAUAAACUGUUACAGCCACUUAAGAGUCUGUGCAGCCGCGGGAAGUUGGGGCGGGGAAAAGCCAAAGAGCCCCUGCCCGCAGCAUCCGGCGGAAGCGAGCGCUAGGCCCGCCCCUAGGGGCGGAGCUUGCGACUGCGCAAGGCUGGUUUGCGGCUCCUUUUAGACGGUUCGGCGUCUCAUUGCUGCUAGCCUGUUCGGUGAGAGUUCCCAGGUUCUCUGUGCCCACACUGCCCGUAGCUGAUCCCAGAAAACACCAGGAAGCCGGAACUCGCCCUGCCUCGGUGACAGCUGCUCUACUGAGCACCCUGGAGCUGCUGAAGGACGUGCACCUGGGCCUGCCCGUGCCCUGCCCGGCUCCCGCCCGACUGGCCCUGCUCUCAGGCCACUACCUUUACUAUCACUACGGGUGCGAUGGACUGGAUGACCGUGGCUGGGGAUGUGGCUACCGUACCCUGCAGACGCUGUGCUCCUGGCCAGAGGGCCAGUCCUCGGGCGUGCCUGGGCUGGCAGCCUUGCAGGGAGCCCUAGAGGACAUGGGCGACAAGCCUCCAGGGUUCCGGGGUUCCCGGAACUGGAUUGGCUGUGUAGAGGCCAGUCUAUGCCUAGAACAUUUCGGAGGACUUCAGGGGCGCCUAUGCCACUUGCCCCGCGGAGCAGGGCUUAGGGGAGAAGUGGAGCGGUUGUAUUCACACUUCACAGGGGGCGGGGGCCCAGUAAUGGUGGGAGGAGAUGCAGAUGCCCAGUCCAAGGCCCUGCUGGGAAUCUGUGAGGGGCCAAGUAUGGAAGUCUAUGUCUUGAUACUGGACCCACACUACUGGGGAACUCCGAAAGAGCGUUGUGAACUGCAAGCUGCUGGAUGGGUGGGCUGGCAAAAGGCAAGCAGUGUCUUUGAUUCCAGUUCCUUCUACAACCUGUGCUUGACCAGACAGAUCUGAAUCAACACGCCCUGCCUGCACUGUUGGAUAGAUUCCAGAGCAGACUGAUCUCUGACACCUAUUUACUUCGCACAGGCUCCUGCAGCAGAGAAGUCUCUCAACAGCAAAACUUUGGGCCAGGCGCAAUGACACGGUCAGGUGACUGAGUUCAAAGCCAACCUGGUCUACACAGCAAGUUCUAGGCCAGCCUGAGAUUAGAUACUGUUCUGAAAAUGAUAAUAAAUCGACCUAAUUCAGCUUA